UACAAAACUUUCCCAUUAUUCCACGCCUUCAUCCUAGAGAAGAGAGAGAGAGAGAGAGAGAGAGAGAGAGAGGGGAAAAAUGGGAAGCAUUGCAAAAAAGGGAAGAACAGCAAUGGAGGUGGGAGCUGAUGGAGUUGCAAUCAUCACCAUCAUCAACCCUCCAGUUAACUCCCUAUCUUUCGAUGUGCUAUUCAGCUUAAGAGAGAGUUAUGAACAGGCCUUGAGAAGAGAUGAUGUGAAGGCAAUUGUUGUUACAGGUGCGAAAGGGAAGUUUUCUGGUGGCUUUGAUAUUGCUGCCUUUGGUGUACUCCAAGGAGGAAAAGGGGAGCAACAGCAACCAAAUGUUAGCAAUAUAUCAAUUGAAAUUAUCACUGAUAUUUUUGAAGCUGCGAGAAAACCCGUGGUUGCAGCGAUAGAUGGACUUGCUUUGGGUGGAGGGUUAGAGGUUGCAAUGGCAUGUCAUGCUCGAAUAUCAACUCCUACUGCACAAUUAGGGUUGCCCGAACUUCAGCUUGGAUUAAUUCCUGGUUUUGGAGGAACACAGCGGCUUCCACGUCUUGUUGGUCUUUCAAAGGCUCUUGAGAUGAUGCUGACAUCGAAGCCGAUUAAAGGACAAGAAGCUUACUCUUUGGGACUUGUUGAUGCCAUUGUCCCUCCUGAAGAGUUGAUCAACACUGCACGUAGAUGGGCUCUCGAUAUCCUAGAGCGGAGAAGGCCAUGGGUUCUCAGUCUUCACAGGACCAACAAGUUAGAGUCCCUUGCUGAGGCUAGGGAAAUAUUUAGGUUUGCUAGAACUCAGGCAAAGAAACAAUCCCCGAAUCUUAAGCACCCACUUGUCUGCAUUGAUGUCAUUGAAACGGGUGUUGUCUCCGGUCCCCAUGCUGGACUUUGGAAGGAGGCUGAAGAAUUUCAAGGACUUCUACAUUCAGAUACUAGUAAAAGCUUAAUUCAUAUCUUCUUCGCUCAGCGCUCAACGACAAAGGUACCUGGAGUUACUGAUCUUGGGUUGGUACCACGAAGAAUGAAGAAAGUUGCUAUUGUGGGAGGAGGAUUAAUGGGAUCAGGAAUAGCUACAGCAUUGAUUCUCAGUAACUAUCCUGUGAUACUUAAAGAAGUGAACGAUAAGUUUUUGCAGGCUGGUAUAGAUAGAGUCAGAGCAAACCUACAAAGCCGAGUCAAAAAGGGGAUUAUGACAAAAGAGAAAUUUGAGAAGACUAUUUCGCUACUUAAGGGAGUCCUCGACUAUGAAAGUUUUAAAGAUGUGGAUAUGGUGAUAGAGGCUGUUAUUGAGAAUGUUUCUCUGAAGCAACAGAUAUUUGCUGAUCUUGAGAAAUAUUGCCCACCACAUUGCAUACUUGCUACUAAUACUUCCACAAUAGAUUUGGAGUUGAUUGGAGAGAGAACAAAGUCUCGUGACAGAAUUAUUGGAGCUCACUUUUUCAGUCCUGCCCAUGUCAUGCCGCUAUUGGAAAUUGUUCGUACCAAGCAUACAGCUGCUCAAGUGAUUGUUGAUCUGCUAGAUGUUGGAAAGAAUAUAAAGAAAACACCCGUUGUUGUUGGGAAUUGCACAGGUUUUGCUGUCAACCGAAUGUUUUUUCCUUACUCUCAAGCUGCAAUUUUACUUGUAGAACGUGGAGUAGAUCCCUAUCGAAUUGACAAGGCAAUUUCCAAGUUUGGGAUGCCAAUGGGGCCCUUCAGGUUGUGUGACCUUGUUGGUUUUGGUGUGGCAGCAGCAACUACCAGUCAGUUUGUUCAAGCUUUUCCAGAAAGAACUUAUAAAUCUAUGCUAAUUCCUCUUAUGCAAGAAGAUAAGAAUGCAGGUGAAUCCACUCGUAAAGGUUUCUACGUCUAUGACAAGAACCGCAAAGCUGGGCCGAAUCCUGAGUUGAAGAAAUAUAUUGAGAAGGCUAUGAGCACUUCUGGUGUUUCAAUUGACCCUAAGCUCACAAAGUUAUCAGAAAAUGAUAUAGUGGAGAUGGUAUUCUUCCCCGUGGUGAAUGAAGCUUGUCGUGUCCUUGCUGAAGGAAUAGCAGUCAAAGCAGCAGAUCUGGACAUUGCUGGUGUAAUGGGAAUGGGUUUCCCGUCUUACAGGGGAGGACUCAUGUUCUGGGCGGAUUCUCUUGGAUCGAAAUACAUUUAUUCGAGGUUGGAGGAGUGGUCAAAACAGUAUGGUGGAUUUUUCAAGCCUUGUGAAUACUUGGCUGAAAGAGCUGCUCAGGGUGCAACUCUGAGUGCUCCUACAGGUCGUGCUAAACCUCGGAUGUAAGAUCAAUCAACUCAGCUGGGAGUCUGUUUCUGUAUUUAUACUAAAGUUUUAGAUAAGCCUGGGGUUGGGCUUAUAUGAAUAAUGUAUUGAGGUUGACGUUGUACCUCUGAAAGACAUUGAUUUUUAAGGAAUUUGAGUUGGAGAAGUUUUCAAUACAAUUUGUGAUAGCAUUCUUUAUCAUUA